UAUCUGACCAACAUGUAAAGUGUCAAAUUAAUAUCUAGGAGUCGGGAAAGACUCGUGCUCAACAUUUCCAGAGGAUCCUGAAGGGAGAUCCCGUCCCACCCAGCAGUGCUUUCACAUCCUCCCCGGUUACAUCUUUGACUCCGCCUCUCCACGGCCUCUGCCAAGCGCUCAGUCUCGCGCUGCCCCUCUCCAGAAUAACGGACGGAGACCACCAUUCGUCGUUGCUGUUGCUGUUGUUGUUUAUCUGUGCUGCCGGCUAAUCUACCGAGACAAUGGCCUCCGAUGGUAUGGAUGAACGUUCCCCGCUGUUGUCAGCACCGAACUCGGGGAAUGUCACGCCCACAGCUCCGUCGUACCUGCAGGAUUCGAGCCCAAGAGCCGAAUUACCUCCACCCUACACAGCCAUUGCCAGUCCAGAUACAGGGGGAGUGCCUGUUAUCAACUGUCGAGUGUGCGAGUCUCUUAUAAAUCUGGACGGAAAGCUCCAUCAGCAUGUGGUGAAGUGCACCGUCUGCAACGAGGCCACGCCUAUAAAAAACCCACCAACAGGAAAGAAGUAUGUUAGAUGUCCUUGCAACUGCCUGCUAAUCUGUAAAGACACGUCUAGGAGGAUAGGAUGUCCCCGGCCCAACUGCAGACGCAUCAUCAAUCUGAGUCCAGUGAUGGUGGUCCCAGAGGAGCAGCCCGCCCAGCCAGCUCUACCAGUCCAGCCUGAGGGCAUGCGUGUGGUCUGCGGCCACUGUGGAAACACAUUCCUUUGGAUGGAGCUCCGAUUUAAUACACUGGCCAAGUGCCCACACUGCAAAAAAAUAUCGUCUGUAGGCAGUGCCCUACCAAGAAGACGCUGCUGUGCCUACAUUACAGUAGGAAUGAUCUGCAUUUUCAUUGGUGUUGGUUUAAUAAUGGGCACUCAGGACUUUGCCAGGCGCUAUCAUGCUACUUAUGUUUCCUGGGCCUUUGCAUAUCUCCUUGGGCUGAUCUGUCUGAUACGGGCCUGCUACUGGGGAGCAAUUAAAGUCAGCUAUCCAGAGAACACCUUUGCAUAGACAAAGCUUUGUCCAUCUUCAAACAGUCCUUUUAGUAUUUGAUUUAUCCUGAUUUUAACAGGCUAACAGCUGGAUGCUCACUCCUGUUACAAGAGAAAGCGUUUAAGAAUCCCCAGGGUUUAGGUACCUGCUGACAUUUUAAUUACAGAUUGAGGUAUUAAUUGGCUCUGACAUUUCUCUAACUGAUAUGAACUUGAUGAUAAUAGAGAAAAUAAAGUGAAACCAAUGAUUCUAAAAUUAGAUUUAAAAUAAUAAUAAUCAUUAUAUUAAUCCUUUGUUCUUUGGUACACCUCUUGAAUUUUGUCUUGGAGUUGUCAAGGUAGGUGGGCAUAUUUUAAUAUUUUGCUUUUUGUUACCAACUCGACCAAAAUAUAUGAUCUUUUACGAACAAUUUGCCCAUUGCACUAUGAUUUUAUGCAAGUUUUCUUUUCUGUUGCUGCUAGUUACCAUAGCUAUGAGCUGAGAGAUGUUAUGUGUUGAGAAAGCCUGCCAGCACCAAUAGUGGCACUGUCUGUCAUUUGAAAUGCUCAGAUAUAUUUAACUCUUCUUGCAAUCCUGUGCCAACAUUUUUGUUUCAGUAUCCGUUAGGGGAUGUCACUAUAUCAUAUGUUUUUGUGGCUUCAAAAGUAAAAAGCAAGCAUGUACACUGUACCUCAUUAAAAGGUAAUGACACUUCGAGGAGUAGUUCGUAAUGGAAAAUUCUAUCAUUUCAAUAUAAUUCUAUCAUUCCAAACUCUAAUUACUUGCAUGAAUACAAAAGGAAAUAUUUAGCAGAAUGUUCACACUUCUCUUUUCCAUAUAAUGGUAGUGCAGCCUGAUCUCACAGGCUUUCUUUAGUAAAAAUCAGUAUAUGCUGACAGAAAUUUAAAACACUGCCCCCCCAGUGGGCAAAGCGGGAAGUGUUGUUGCUCCAUUUAUAUCCAGAAGAGUUCACCAAAAGCUAGUUGUGGAGCGUGUUUUAAUUUCUUUUCAGCUAUACAGUGAAGAGGAAUGCAUAUUUUAUGGACUGUAAAAAGGACAAAAAAGCCCCAUUAAAGUACUAGAACAGUAGUCCAUAAGACUUGCCCAUUAUAUUCCAAGUCUUAAGAAGCCAUGCAAUAGCUGUAUGUGAGGAAUAGACUGAAAUUUAAGUAAUAUUUCUCUGAAAAGUGAAACCCCUGGUGAACAUUCGCUUUCAUCGUAUGUAAAAAAAAAAAAUAAAAAAAAUGUUUGAACAUUCUGCUAAACAUCUCCUUUUGUGGUCUACAGAAGAAUGAAAAUAAUGUGGGUUUGGAACCACAUGAAUGUGAACAAAUGAUGACAGAAUUUUCAUUUUUUGGUGAACUAUCCCUUUAACACAUGCUGAAUGAGAGUUAAUCACAUGUGCAUGUAUCUUAACUUGAUUCUUAAUUUGUCUUCAUUUGUACUGAGUGUUUUAUUAGUCUGUUACUGAAAGAGCACAGUGGAAGUGUUAUGCCUUUUGUGUCCUUUCUGUGUGUAGAAUGUAAACUUGCCUAUUUCCAAACUCAGUUAAAAACAUUGCUAGUAUUACUGUAGCUUACAUUUACAGUAGUUCUGUAUUUUGUUAAGACAAAAGGAAAUAAUUUUAUCUAAACUUGUUCUGAAUGUGACAAGCCAGUGAACUCCUUGUUCAUAGGCAACUCAGCACACAACGUCUGUAGUUCUAGUUGGAAUAUGGCUUGGGUUGUUUGUGUGUGUGUGUGUGUGUGUGUGUGUGUGUGUGUGUUUUAUUUAAUUUUUUUUUUCCAAACAAGAAUUUCUCAAUAAAAUAGAAACAUUUUCCU